AUUUUGCUCAGACCAGAGACUCAAAAGUCGCAGAGUACUGAGUAAAACUCUUAAGGGUCGAACUCUUGACUCUCAUGGCGCAAACAGCACUGCAGGCGAUGAAACAACAACGAAGGCAGAUUGCAAGAGAGGCUCGUCGGAUUAGGGCCACCAAGCUGUUUGCAGAGCAGCAGAGGCCAUGGUGGGUUCCUCUGCGGCCACCUGCCGAACUCGAAGCCAGACAGGUUUCCAACGUGGACUGCCACCGCGUCUUGGGGGCUCCUAGGGGGGCAUCCACCGAUCAACUUAAGGAAGCAUUUUUGGCACGGGCGAAAGAGCACAAUGCCAGCGACCUUGAUGGUGAGAGCAACUUUGUGGUCGCGCGCAUGUGCUACGAGUACUUAGCAUCGCCUCAUAAAGCCGAGGAAAGCCUUCAGAGCCCCCUCGCAACGGUCUCGGAAACCAUCGAUGUCCCGGCUGAGUUGCAACGGCAGAACCAUGCUUCGUUCCAGCAGACUUCCAGAUUCUUUAGCACCUUCAUGUUCAAGGUGGCAUCGCCAAACCACGCGGAGCGUCUCUCCAAGUGCCCUACCGUCAUGUUGUCAAUGGCAUGAGCACGGACACUCUUCGUAGCUGCUAGCGACCGGAUCCUUUUUGAUAUGAAGAGGUGGAUAAAUAUGAUUAAUGUUCG